UUUAUCAAAUCAUUUGUUGAAGAAAGAAAAAUUUCUACAAUGCACGUCAAAUGAAGAUUUUCUCUGGAUCAUUAUUUUGGGACUUUUUUGCCUUUUUGUGACCCGUUACUCUCAGCACUUAUUUAUUACCCUUUCACCAGGCCAUUUAAUGUAGCAACCCAUAAACAAUACCCUGUUUGCACCUCCAGGUAAGGAUCAGCAACCAAUCAAUCAUCCUAGGACUAUCCACAACAACCAGCAUUCAUCAUGUGUUGAACUUUUUCAUCCUUUGAAAGCGUUUUGUGAAUCUCAGACUCUAUAUUCCCGUGGGUUGAUUUAUUUGUGGAUUUUAAGGUCUCUUUGGGGCCCAGAGCAGGUGUGAGUGCUACAGGAGCACAUUUGUCCUCCAUUCAGCUUUUCUGGGGCGGAAGCAUGAUAAAGAGCAAUAAGAAACUCAAUUCCCAAGAUGGCUCAACAAAUGCUAUCACAAAUAACAAUGUCAACAAACAGGCCAAUAGCCUGGCUCUCUUCUCCCAACCAAAUGCCCCAAAUAGCUUUUCAUUGUUCUUGGAAAGUUGUGUGCCCCCUGUUGCAUUGAGGCAUUUUGGGAGUCUGCCGCUUUUAGGCCCUGUCUCCCUCCAGUUGGCACAGAUAAAGACUCAGUUGGCACUGCACCAGCUGAAUGCAAUUGCUGGCACAAGCGUCCCUCCGCCUGCAAUUGCCUCACCUGCUUUGACCUUGCUCAACUUGCUCAAGGUCACCAUGUCGCACCCAUUAUAUAAUCCCCGGGGAGGGCCGUUCCCUGGUGGUCAGAGACCCGUCGUGCCUGGCCAGUAUGGUCUUGGUUCACAGCCUCGAAUGGAGCUGGGGGCAGCCCGCCUUGGCCCAGGUUCCAUGUCCGGUUCUCGCGGGGGAUUGAUGGUCAACCAACCCUUCUCACUGGGACGCCAGUCGCAGAUUUCCCCAGAUCUCGAAGCCGCCAUUGACCGGAACCUCCGGGGAGCCCGUGAGGAAGUUCGCCUUCUCACACAAAUACUCCAGCAACCCAAAAAAGCAGAUCCCCGCAUGAGAGAGGAUACAAGGGAUGACAUGCUUUCCUCCGGGAGCGGCUUUUCAGGGACCUCGCGAUCUGAUGAAAUGGACUGGUCCAUGUACCAAGCCCCAAGCAAGCUUUUUGGAUCUUCAAGUUUAGAUCGUCCUUCCGGUUCUUCGCAGCUGUUCCCGUCUGCGAGUUUUGCUGGAGGAUCAAGUGGUUUGGACAGCCAGCAUCCGCCAGAACAGCGGCCUUCACGCUACACCUCUGAAAGUGCCAGCAGCAUCCUAGCAAGUUUUGGACUCUCCAGUGAGGACCUAGAACUUCUAAGCCACUAUCCAGAUGAUCAGCUGACUCCUGACAACCUGCCGUUUAUUUUACGAGACAUCCGAAUGCGUAAAGUGAAAAGGGACGUUGAUGCGAGAUCUGAAUACAGCAAAGUUAUUGACUAUGGACAUUCUAGUAAAUUUGGCUAUCCUGACGAGAGCCCGGAUGGCUAUGCAAGCGAACACCUGCCUAAAGAGUCACCGAAGUUUGUGAGGGAGGUCUCUGGACCGUCCUUCAGUGGCAUGGACAUCACAAAGCAUCCCCAGCCAGCUCCAGGCCCUGUACAAGUUCCAAAGCUUCAGAAACCUCCAGAUCCGAGACCCACUAAGACGAUUCCAGCAAGACCAUCUGCUUCCCAGCCUCUUCUGCCGCCAUCCAGUCGACCUCCUUCGCAGAUACCGCCUCCGCUUCUUCCUAUGAUGACCGUUGAUGACAUCUCCGGAGGUCCGGGUGCCAACUGGAUCCCGUUCCUUUCACCUCCAAUCAGCGCGCCCGCCGCAAAGAGGCUUCCGACGCCGACCAUGAUGAACGAUUACUCUGCAGCUACGCCAAGAAUCUUUCCUCAUACAUGCUCUCUAUGUAACAUUGAAUGUAUCCAGAUUAAGGACUGGCUUGAACAUCAGAACACAAAUCUUCACAUUGAGAGUUGUAGACGUCUUAGGAAGCAAUAUCCUGACUGGAAUGUUGAGGCUGUCUCUGUUUCAAGACCUGAGCCCAAAUCAGAACACAGCAGCUCAAAGCGGCACACCCGUUCGCACUCGUACUCCAGAUCCCCCAGUCCGAAGCGGCACCAUGACUCCUCCUCAAGCCGUCGUAAGCGAUCCCGUUCACGCUCUCGCUCCCGAUCCCGCUCUCGAUCUCGAAGCCCUAGAAGGUACCGGCGUUCCAGGAGUCGCAGCCGGUCUCCCCAUAGGAAGUCUCGAGGCAGUCCUUACAGACGGAGGUCCCGCAGUCCACCAUCUCAACGGUCAAGGUCUCCAGUUUACAGUAGGCGCUCUCCUGUACGCCGUUCGAGCCCACGACGGAGCAGCCCCUCCUGGCAGCAGAGAUCUAGCAGUAGUGAACGACUGGCCAUGAAACUCAUGUCUUCAACUGAGCUGUCCUCAAUCACAGACAGUAAUACUUUGAAGGCUGUGGUGAAAUCCUUGGCACCAGCCCUGCUGGCUGAGCUAGCGAAGAAGAAAAGCAGUACCACUACUUCCUCAUCAAAGGCAAGCAGUAGCAGCAGUAGUUGGAAACGGUCGUCUUCUCCUAAGAGAACUGAGUACUCCAAGUCAAGCAGAACCUCCACCUCAAAGUCCUCCAGCACUCCAAAGCCAAGACCCAAGGAUGCCCCUGGCACAUCCUGUUUGUUGAGGCUCAUAGGAGUUCCUCAUGGGACUACCAGCAAAGAAUUGACUGAUGCCAUUGAGCCUUUUGGCAAGAUUUAUACUGCCAUCCUCCUCAAGGCGAUUAGAGAGGCCUCAGUGUGUAUGGAGAGAGAGGAGGAUGCCAAAGCUUUGCUCAACUGCAAGAACCUGAUAAUUCGUGGCCAGAUUAUUAAAGUCUGCAUGGAGAAGGAUGCAAGAGAUGAUGAUGGAAGAAAAUCUGUCAAGACAGAAAAGCCUCUUAAGAAAAAAGAGGUGACUACAACAAAACCAACCCAGUCAACAAAACCAACCCAGUCAACAAAACCAGCCCAAACAACAAAACCAACUCAAUCAACAAAACCAGCCCAAACAACAAAACCAUCCCCAACAGCAAAACCAGCCCAAACAGCAAAAGUAAAGAGUGCAAACCCAGUGAAGGCACCUCAGUCAACUAAACCUAAAGAGGCGACAGGUUCCAAGACUUCUCAAGUAACCAAGGGAAAACCUAGUGAUCCCAAGAAGACUGUACAGACAGCUAAAGCUAAACCCCCUGCCAAGGGUUCAGCAGAAACAGCAGCUGUCAAGAAGUUGGUAAAGAAGGAAAUACCCUGGAGAAAAAAUAUAGUUGAGAUUACAAAUCUUCCAGAGGAAGGGGUUACUGAGGAUGACCUUACCAACCUUGCUAAACCACACGGCUUCACUGCAACUCCUGUCAUAGCAAUCACUCAACAAAAGGCCUAUCUGCAGAUGCCCAACACAGAGGCGGUUGAAGCAAUGGUGAAGGCCUACUCUGAGACACCAGCUAAAGUGCAUGACAAAGAGAUAACUGUCAAGAUGAUGAUGCAACCUAUCGACCUGAAUUACACUGAGUCAUUAUUCAGAGUGCUUAUGGGCAUGGAGAAAUCACCUGAAAUCGUCACAUUGCCAGAACGCCUUCUCAUUGUUAGCAAUGUGCCAAAAACAAUUGGGGCAAUCAAGGAAGUAGAGACCGUAAUUAAACGCUAUGGUGCCUUCAAGAAAGUUUUGCCUCUUAAUGGCAGGAUUAUUUUUGAAAUGGAGAAUGCUACUAUUGCUAGGACAAUCUUCGCUCGCUUCCUCAAGUUUCGUUGUGUGGUCCAGAACAGUACCCUUAGCUUCCAACUAGCCAAACCAGUCAAGCUAAAAAAGAAGACGGACGCUAAAGGAGCAAACCCUCCUGGUAAAACAGCAGCGGCAAUAAAAAAACCUAAUACUGUCAAAGCCCAAAAGCCAGUGGCUGCAGCAGCAGCUUCUGCUGCAUCUACUGCAAACCCACCUGUCACAAAAGAUAAAGAUCCUAAAACUGAUGCUGUUACUGUGCCUAAAGGAGAGGAUAGUGGUGUUAAAAGCAAUAGUGAUGUAAUUUUGAAAGAAAGUGUUGGUGAAGAAAAGGUGAAUGCUGAUACAGCUGCAACUAAAGUUACUGCUGCUCUCAAAGACAUUACAGCUGAUGCAACUGCUAAUGCAGAAACUACUCCUGUGAAUAAAGCAGAGGAGAAAACUGAAGCUGUUAAUGAAACUGUCAUGGAGACUGAAUCUGUGAAAAAAGAGCAUGAAGCUGGAUCCUCAGUUCCCAUGGCUGAAUCUAAGAGUGAGAACAAGGAGCUUGAAGUUGAAUCCUCUGCUACCACUUCGGAAUCUGUUGUUACAGUUAAAUCUGAGGACAAGGAGCUUGAGACUGGAUCCUCUGUUCCCUCUUCAGAAACUGCCGUUUCUGUUGAGUCUUGGAAAGCAGAGCUUAAAACUGAAUCAUCUGCCCCUGCUUCAGAAUCUGCCGUUUUAAAUAAAUCUGAGAACACAGAGCAUGAAGUUGGAUCCUCAGAAUCUGCAAAAACAGAGCUUGUAGUUGCAUCCGCUGUUUCCACUUCAGAAUCUGCAGAUUCAGUUGAAUCUGCAAAAACAAAACUUGAAGAUGCAUCCUCAGUUCCCCCAGGAGAAACUGCUGUUUCAGUGGAGUCUUCAAAAUCAGAGCAUGAAUUGGCUUCCUCAGAAUCUUCAAUUUUAAUGGACACCACUGAUCAGACUGGAACAUUGGUCAAGAAAAAUGAUCAGAAUGUCCUGCAGGCUGAAGAUGUUCCCAAAGAAUUGGUUUCUGCAUCUGUGGAAGAAAGCAAAAAUGACAGUGUAAAGUUAGAAGACGACAAUAAUGUUGAGUCCAAAUCAGAAAUGGAGAUUGUUGCUUCAGCUGUUAGCAGUGAGGAACCUGCAGUAGAGGCCAUGGAGACCCAAAGUUCAGAAGAACCUACCAAAGGCACUGAUGUUAAAGAGGAAGUUUUGGAAACGCCAACUGAAGAGCUCAAGAUUGAAAAUGAGAGCCAGUCGAAUGACGUGAAACCAACUGAACCUUUAGAGACGGACAUAAACACUGAGUCUAGCAAUCAAACCGAACCUGCUGAAGAGCAUGUUCCUGCAGCUGUUGCAUCUGACUCCAUUCCAAACUUUGAUCCUGCCUCUGACCUACCCUCCACUUCUGAUCAAACUGUCAGUAAUUCAUCUGUCACAGUUACAUGUGCCUCAAACAGUCCCCAAACAAUUCUUGAGCCCUUCCAGAUUGAUGACAAGUCCCUGGACUUUCCUCCAGUUACACAGGAGAUUUUGAAAGCCCUUGAAUUAGCUGUCCAUCAGUGUCGCUUACAGUCUUCACUAAGACGUGCUGAAGAAGAAGCGAAGCAGAAGGCAGAAAUGGAGAAAAAGGCUGCAGAGAAGAAAACCACAAAAGCUCCGUCAAGCUCAAAGAAGCCUGCUCAAUCGACAAAAAAGACCACGCAAGCUGAGAGCAAAAAGAUUCAGGCCGAGAAAAAGUCUCAGAACUCUGGGUCCAAGACUAAGCCUGCGGACACCUCAUCCCCAGAGAAGGAGCCAACAACUAAGCACAGGAGCAGGGGUAAUUCUGAAGAAGAUGGCCCUACCACCAGGCGUGGGGGAUCUUCUGGGUCCUCCUCUUCCCGGAGGAGUAGGCGGGAGUCCAGCCCUACAUCAAAGCGCUCAAGCCCUCCCUCAAAGCGUACAAGGGGGCAUGAUGUUGAUCGCAGGAGUCAUAGCAAAAACUCACAACCUUCAAGGAGUCACUCAAAAACAAGGACAGUUGAAAAGGAAAAAGAUGAGGAACUGUUUCCAUUUAACAUUGAUGAGUUUGUGACCGUUGACGAAGUAGGGGAUGAUGCAGAGGACACUGUUGUCUCAAAUACUGAGUCUCCAGCCAAGGACGAGAAGAUCCAGGAUAAACCCGAUUCAGACUCCAGAGUCUCUCCUGUUGCAGAGUCAGGUUCAGAUGAUAAACCAAAAAAAACUGACAAGAUUAUUGCUUCUGAACCUGAAGUUACUGAAUGUGUGGAUAUAAUGGAAACCAAGACUGAAGAAACCACACCAGCUGCAGAUGUUGUUGCAUCUCCAAAGCCAGAAGAGCAAGAGCCUCAAGAACCGAGUGUUGAUAAACCGCUGGGAACAGAUGGGAUGGAAACUGCCGUUGUUAGCAACGAGACAACAGAGCCUUGUACGGCAGAAGCUGCUUCAGCAGAGUUGGACAACAAUGUUGAGACCAUGAAAGAAGACACUGAGGGCUUGGAUAAACUUGAGCCAAGUCAGUCGGUUUCUUCCUCUCCUUCACAGAAGGAAGGCUGCCCACCAACUUCUGCAGAAACUUUAGAGAAAUCAGAAGAUGUCCAUCCCGAGGAGCCAGAAACGUCUUCCCUGGUGAUGGACAAUAAAGAUGAGGCAACUCUGAUCUCUGAAAUUCCAUCCCAUGAUGCAUUGGUCACUCUUGAUGAGGUCAGUGAGGGUGAGGAAGAUUUUCUCGAUGAAACAACUGAGGAACAGCUUUCGAAGGCUGAUGAAGUGCCUGAGACACUUGUGACGGUUGAUGAGGUUGGAGAUGAUGAAACGGGGGGUGACGAAUACCAGUUGGACAAAGAACUUCAAGGCUUAGUCACAUUGGAUGAGAUUGUUGAUGAAGAGGAGGAGUUUGAUUCAUUCAAUCCUGAGACUCUUGUAACCCUGGAUGAGGCUAAGGGUGAUGAUGAGGAAAAUGAGGAAGCGGAGCAUAGUGAAGACAAGCCAGCCACCCCAAGCGCCACAACACCAAUCAUACCAGAGGAGCCUGUAAAAUCACCAAGCCAAGAAGAUGAUGCCUGUGACCUCGAAGAGCUCCGCAAGAUGAACUUUGUAACUGUGGAUGAAGUAGGGGAGGAGGAAGAGGAACAACCACCCAGCAAAGAUGUCAAAGAGGAUAAGCAAGUUAAAAAGAGAGCUGCAAGGCCCAAAAAGAGAACACGUCAGACUCCAGUGAGGAGAUCCACAAGAGGGAAAAGAGGAUCUACAAAGAGUGCUGAAGACCCAGAGGAGCCUGAGACGAAUGCGGAGUGUGAACCAGAGCCAGUUACAUCCGUAAGCGAGAGUCUUCCCGCAGCUGUCGAAUCCAUGGAUCUUGAUGUUAAGCCGGAACCACAAAAGGCUGAAACCGUGCAAGUUCCAGAUUCGGUGACUGCAGAGGUCUACUCAGUGUCAGAAGAGGACAGGACUAGAGCUACAGAUGAUGACAACUCCUCAAAGCUAGAAUGUGAUACUGUUGACACACCAGUCUCUGACAAAACAUCUACAAUCAAAGAAGAGUCCAAGCAACGGCGGGAAACGGAGCUGACAGAGGAACCAGAGGCUAAGAAAGCCCGCUCUCAGUCCCCUGCGAUUGAAGACUUCACCUUGCCCCCGUUUAACCCAGACAGUCCCAUUGGCAUUGACUUUGUGGUGCCCAAGACGGGUUUCUUCUGCAGACUUUGCUCUCUAUUCUAUGGCAAUGAGGAAACUGCUAAGAAAAGUCACUGUAGUAGCCUAAAGCAUUACCAGAACAUGGAGAAAUACUACAAGAAGCUCAAGUCUCAGAAGCUGGGUGGCUGCUCAACACCGACAACACCCAGUCAUAGUUCUGCUUCUUCUGAAUAACCCUUAUUAAGAGUUUUUCUUUUCUUUUCUUUUUUUUUGUAUUGUGAAUGGAUGGGUCCAAUUGUUUUGUUGUAAAGUUUUAUUAAUUUUUCUUGUUUAGAAUGAAAUACAGUGGCUCAUGCUAAAUAAAGAUAACACAUAAUCAGA